AUGUGUCUCAAAGGCCCAAUUCCCGGUUCUUCAUUUCUGCUCACGCAAAUCCUGAGGCGGCCUCCAUCUCGCAACGUUUCUUUGCUUUAUUCCUUUUUGAGUACCGUACCGAAAGCUAAGACAAAGUCUCACCACCUAUCGGUCAUCAUCUCCCGAUCCAGUUACAUCGAGCAAAGCCCCCCAAGCAAAAGAGUAUUGACAACGUCACAUCGACUGGACAGUAGGCCUGCCCCUGUCUCAAGCUGGGAAGGAAUGACCGUCUGCUGGGUACAUCCCGCCCGUCGACAAGGACUUCAGAAGGCAUCGUCAGUGACUAGAGAGAGGGUCACAGCUACCUCUCAUCGCGGCGCUGCAUCACAAGAAAGGCCAUAUCCCUGCGUCAUAGCGGAUAGGUUCCCAGGGAAAUGCAAGAAGAGUUUCAACAACAUAGAAAAGCUCAACUCCAUGAGCCGCGAGGCUCUGGAACGCGAGAAGGAAUACCACAAGGCGAUAUGCCCCAAAAAGCCUUCGGAGAAGAACAAAGCCCUCAGGGAGAGGGCUUACAUCAUUGACGAAGCUCGAUACGAGCGUUGUAGGAAACUCGGGUGGAAGCAGACUGCUGCUUCACAUGAACUCGACAAAAACAACGGAAAAAAGGAAUGCGUUUCUCAACGGAGCUGGAGACAGAUCCGUGACACUAUCUUUCCGAACGAUACCGUAACUGUGGACGAGUCUCAUGAGCUUGUUGCCAGAGUCGAGAACGAGACGAGAAACGAGAUGUUCUUGGCGCAGUUCCAAGACAGAAACUCACAUGUCCCGACACAGAUAGAGAUCAGCACGAUCUCUCAGCCGCCCCCAACGGCUGAUAACACGUCUCACUUGUCCACAAUCCUGUCUGAGGUGACUGCACCUCUGACAGGUCCAACGACGAUUGCUUUCUCUGAUCCUGGACCGGAUGGGAAAGACGACAUGUUUGGGUUUCUUCCACGAGAGAUGGAAAACUUGGAUUAUGUAUUACCACCAAUCCCUAAUUUCCAAGAAUAUGAAUUUGCAAACUCUUUGACUGGUACGGGAGAAUGGGAUACUGGAAACCCGGGCCCAGAACAGGGACUUGACAUGGAUCUGGACCAGUGGUUUAAGUAA